AUGGAUCACAGUCUUUCAGAUCCCAGCGACUGGCUAAAUACCUCACUCACACCCUUUUCCGCACUCGAAAAUUCGCUACGAUGUCAAGUGUGCAAAGACUUCUUUACCACGCCAAUGGUCACCACUUGCUCGCAUACGUUUUGCAGUAUUUGUAUAAGACGUUGUUUGUCUGUUGAUGGCAAGUGUCCGGCUUGUCGCGCAAACGAUCAAGCCAGUAAAUUGCGCAGGAAUUGGGCGAUUGAGGAAGUGGUGGGUGCUUUCAAGACGGCUAGACCUGUUGCGCUGGAGAUUGCGACGAAAGACAAGAAGGAGAAGGAGGAUGCGCCGACAAGGCCUAGUAAGAGGAGGAGGACGGAGAGACAUAGUGGUGGCAGUGAUCUGACGGUGCGCACUACGAGGAGUCAGAGCAAGAGGACACAACAAGUCGAUCAACAACCUGCAACCUUUGAUGGACUCGACGAUGAAGGCAGUGAUGGCGAAUACACCGAAAACGGCAACACUCAACCAGAAAGACAACAAACACCAGAUGACGGCCUAGUAGCCUGUCCAAUCUGCCAAACACGCAUGAAAGAAGAAGUAGUCUUCAACCACAUCGGAACAUCCGCCUGCACAUCUCCAUCGCAGAGANCAAAGAAACCCCCACGUUCCUCCACCACAGCACAAACGCCACAACCAUCAUCAAAACCAACAACCCCAAAACCAAUCCCAGACCGCCUCGCCGAACUAAACUACUCCCUCCUCAACGAAAAAGCCCUCCGCAAGAAACUCACAGAACUCGGUAUACCAACCACCGGCUCCAAGACUUUGUUAUCACGCCGCCACACCGAGUGGGUAAACCUCUGGAACGCAAACGUGGAUGCAGGAGCCCCACGCAGCAAACGCGACCUCCUCGACGAAUUGAGAAAGUGGGAUCGGAGUAUUGGUCGCGAGCCAGAUCAAUUCACCACCAGCAACCAAGUUAUGAAANAGGACUUUGAUGCUAAGGCGUGGAGUACUGGCAACAAAGACGAUUUUACGAGGUUGAUUGAGCAGGCUAGGCAAGGGAGGAAUAAACAACAAACCCAACAAAAGAAAGAAGCAGACGACGAAACCAAAGAGACGGCACCACAGCAACAAGACGUCAUGGAGAUUGAUAAACCAGAAGUCAAGGCACGUGUUGAGCCAGAAAAGGAUUUACCAACUGGAUACCACGAUGCAACUCAACCACAAGAAAACUUUCCAGAUGCAGAUCAUCCACCGCCAUCAGGACAAAGAGUAGAUCCUCCACCCCCGCUGUCCAAGGAAACUUCUUUGCCUGAAAAGUUCGGAUCGGAUGCCCAGACCAUCAACAUGUUUGAGGUGUCGAGUCACCCUGUCGCUGAUGUAGAGACGAUGCCAGAGAACAGUGGCCAUUGA